AGGUUGAAAAGGUGGGUUUCGCGCUGCAUCCUGGGUACAUAGCUCCACUGUGUGAUGGUAGUGAGCCUGUUGUGUUGACUGGAAACCAGCGGAAAGUAAAACAGGGGGAGGGUCUGUCGCUCUCGCGGCGAGUUACAAUGCGUCUUUCACCGUGUUGAGCCGCCUCGCACAACCAUGAGCCAACUUCACCGGCCGCCUCGACACGGAACGAGCCGCUCUUGAGCUCCGAAAACGAGUUUUAUUGUUGUGGGUUUUUAUUUUUUUGGCGGCGGGGGGGAGCGGGAGGAAAGAAAAUGAAGCAGCCGAGCGCCCUGCUCUGUGUCGUGGGCUUGACUGGGAAAUGGUAGCGCGCUGUGGGAACCGCACUGGGCAGGAUCAUGGUCGAGAGGAGCAGCAAAUUCUUGUUGAUCGUCGUCGGAUCCGUCUGCUUUAUGCUGAUUCUCUAUCAGUACGUGGCCCCGGGGGUGAUCAGCUUCGGCUCMCCGCACGGUUAUUUCGCGGAAGAGGACGAAGGGGACAUCUUCCCCACUCCGGACCCCCACUACGUUAAGAAAUACUACUUCCCCGUCAGGGACCUGGAGAGGACGAUCGAUUUCCAGAUCAAGGGGGAGGACGUGAUCGUGUUUUUGCACAUCCAGAAGACCGGGGGGACUACCUUCGGUCGGCACCUGGUCCAGAAUGUCCGUCUGGAGGUUCCGUGCGACUGCAGACCGGGCCAGAAGAAGUGUACCUGCUACCGGCCGAACCGCAAGGAGACCUGGCUCUUCUCCCGGUUCUCCACCGGCUGGAGCUGCGGCUUGCACGCCGACUGGACCGAGCUGACCAACUGUGUGCCGGGGGUCCUCAACAAGAAGGAGAACAAGCAGAAAACUCUGAG